AUGAAGACUGUUACUUGUUCUCACUUCAGCGGUCACACCCCUCCAACCAACACUCGUAAAGUUAACAGUAUCUAUUCUGCUGUAUUACCAAAGUCAACCUCACCUCUUUGCCGAAGUGUCUCGUCAUUCACCCGCACACUCCUGGACUUGAACACCAAAUCUUCUGAAGUAUGGAAGAUCUGCCCAUCUGCUCAAGAUUUUCAGAUUGGCUGUAGCCUCCCAUCCUCCGUCUUGAUUCAUCCCAUCAGUCAAAUUCCGGAAAGCGCAGCUUCCCUCAAAAGCGAAAAGAUCCCUGAUCUGUUCAGGGUACUCUACCUUCAAGAUCUCUCUGCAUCUGGAUUCCCUGGGGCCACCUUUGCCUGGGAACAUCCGUGGGAAUCACCCUGGAAUCAGUCCAUUGCUCAGUUUAUCCUCAAGCACUGGCGACACGCCCACCAAUCAGGGGUUUUCAAGAUAUUUUACAUUGAUCCAAUCGAAGCUUCAAACAACAAACUCCACAUGGGUACCUUGCAUCGGUGGUUCCUUGGAAGAGCUGAAGGUCUCAGGUUGGGCAGGUUUUCCCAAGUACGUCAAAGUAAGAAGAAAAAAUCAGAGUUGCAAUCCAAGUUAAGAAACCAGAUUCAGAAACACCGCCAACAGACACUCUCCAACCUCAACAUAACAGCCGAAUACAAAGCGCUUUUCGAUACUCUUGGUUGCUCUUCUGAAACUGAAAAGCUACCAGACAAGUCACUUGUCAAAGUCCCUUUGUCAUGGAGGUCCACCGAAUUCCAACUCCUCGCUCAGCAACUAGACAAAAUCCACAUCCGCAAGAAGAUGAGCACAAAAGGCCCCAAAUAUACAACCAACUAUACAAUUGAAAACCGUCGUUUGGAUCCUAUCUCUCCCAUUUCUCCUGCUUUCUCCAAUGUCCCAACCAAUCUACCGAUCAACUGCUACGCUCCUGAAUACAUAAAAACCCUGACUGAUACACAAAAGAUACUCCUCAACUCCAAGCCGGCCAUUAACUUUCCUGCACUUUUGAAUAUGAUACAAAUCCCAUGUGAGUAG